AUGACCACCCUUACUCUCCAAGAUUUCCUAACCUACAUCCACGCCUUCAACGCCCAAAACUACACCCUCCAACACACAUUCUACCACCGCACCGUCUCCCUCACCCUCCCGGACCCAGAUAUCCCCCCUCUCAAAAGCUCCCCUGCAAUCCAAUCGCACUACGACACUAUCCACGCACUAGCCCACGAAACAGUCGUGCCCAUGAUCGUCCUCAUCGACGCCAACCGAGUCUUCUUCAGUAUGGAGGCGUACUUCCAGUACCGGAUUGACACGGACAAUGCAGUACAUGGGUAUAGUGUGAAAGCAGGCGAUGUGAUUCGGGUUAAGGUCUGGGCUGUUUAUGAGAUUGUUGAGGGGAAGAUGGGGGCCAUUGUUUGCUGUGCGGUUGGUGAUGAGUGUUUGGGGAAAGUGGAGAUUGGGGAUGUUGUUGCGGAGAGUUGGGGGAGGGCGGAUGAGAGUGUUCGAAGUGUUUGGGAGAGGGAGUUUGGGGAAGGGAUUUUUUGA